UGUUAUAAAGAGUUCACAGAAUAUCACAACCAGGCAAAAAGUUUCACUUAACUCACCACCCGGACUUCCUUUAAAGAAAAAGACCUGCCCUUCGUGAUACUGUGAGACGUGUUACGCUGUCUUUGAACACUCGGCCGUCGUCACACAUGGACGUGCUGCACAUUGUCCUGCUCGCUCUCUUAGGAGUUGUUUCUUACAGUCAUGGUCAGAUUUCUGGAUCAGAGUUGGAGGUGACAGCCAGACCAGGAGACAACGUUACUCUCUACUGUGACUGCAAAACAUCAAGUGGAGUUCACAUUGUGUGGUACAGGAACUGCUCUCAUGAGAACCAACCUUCUCUUGUCCUAAGAUACUAUUAUCAACGUGACUUUAAACAGUAUUCCACUCUAAAUCCCAUCCCUCGUUUCCACUUUGUUGUUAACGAUUCCUCUAACUCCUAUGACCUGAUGAUCAUGAACGUCACUGAUUCGGAUGAGGGGCUCUACUACUGUGGAACUGAACAGACCAAAGUGUACGAUGAGGAUAAAAUCACUCACAGAGUUGAGUUCAGAUAUGGCAACGUCACAACAAGGAUCAAAAUCAAUUCCAGCCCACAGCCCUGGAUGAUGGCGCUCACUGCAGCCAUCACUAUUCUCUCCUCCUUCCUCUGCUUUACUUUGGUUUGUCACUUCUGUCAGAAAACAGUCUGUAUUAUUAUUAUUAUUUUGCAGACGGGGAAGCUGAACUCCUCGACAGCGGAUGGAAUCAGGAUGAAGACAUGUAUUUAACACGAGUUGUGUACCGGGUUAAAGAAGGACGGAAACACCAGUAGACAGAGAAUGGAGUUGAUGGAGUUUUUCCCAGCUGACAAAACUUUUAUUUGUUGUUGUUAUAUAUAUAUACAUCUCUUUAUGUAGUCUUAUUAUUCUCUGUAUAUUCACUUUGUGAAAUUUUAACUUGAGGUGGACGUUUUAUAUAAUCCCCAGAUUUCUGUCUCUCCGUUUUUCUAAACUCUGCAACAUUCCCUUUUGUUUUUCACACCAGUAGUUGUUGUAUGUUUGUGGCUUAAGACUUAAUUAGUGUGAGCUGAUGAAACAACAUGUUUAACAUGGCCGUGCACGGACACCUUGCAUCACUUCCGGCCUGUCUGCAUGUUGAGCUCUGUUUCUCACGGUGGGUUUCCUGCAAAGCUCGACUGAUCACAUUGACCACAGGGUGCGGCUGAGGCGAUCAUCAUUGUGCACUCUGUGUUGUCUUGUAAAUAGAUAAUGAACAAAAAUGUGUGUUUAUAUUAUGCGGUAAAAACUGAAGAUGUUGAGAACACAGAUCUUACUCUUAAUAAAAACAUAAACA